AUGAAUAGCCUCAUCGACAGUAGAGUUGGUGCAUCAGAAGCAGAUGGUCUUUUCCCUGGAUUAUCUUUACGCAAAUUUCAGAAAUUUCUUGAGGCAUGUCUUGAUACCCAACGCUCCAUAUGUCAACGUCUUCCUAAUAACAUUUCUGGAGCAUGCUUACUUUCUGUGACAUCAGAUAAAGCAACUUCCGAAAGAGAAACUGUGGCAUUAUCAAAAGUCAAUUAA